AUGGGCUAUCUUUCGUUGAAGACGUGUAAACUACUCGCUCCGGCUCUGAUCUUGUCUGGAUAUGGCGUCUUUGCCCGGUCCGGCAGCUUUACGUUUUACGACGCUGAGGACCUCGACGUCACCUAUGGCACGGCUUGCAUCAACUCGAUAUCCUCGGCCAUCGACUGCCACGAGUACACGCGGACAAUGACAACCCUCAGCUACUGGUUUUCUUUGGGUUACGUCUCCUUCACUAACGAGAUCUGCACCGCCGAUUGCUCUUCAUCGCUGUCCACUUGGUACAACUCCGUGGCGAGAGAAUGCGUCGGCAAGGAACUCGACGUCUCCGUCCCCAAAAGCUUGGAGGAUACCCGUGGGCAGGAUUCAGUGAGACCUGCACCAAGGAUCCCAAGACCAAGAGCUACUGCAACGAGACAUGCCGCAGGCAGAGAUCUGCUCCACCUGCUCUGCCCAUAA